UCGGGCGGAAGGGCGUGCACGCUGUAGCGGAAGUGGUGCUGUUUCCUGGAUACCGGUGACAGGCGGCGGACCCUGCUACAGAAUGAAUGUUGGGGUUGCUCACAGUGAGGUAAACCCCAACACACGAGUGCUGAAUAGCCGAGGAAUAUGGCUGGCCUACAUUAUCUUAGUGGCAUUCCUUCAUAUAAUCCUCUUAAGCUUCCCCUUCUUCAGUGUCCCAGUUGUCUGGACUCUAACUAAUGUCAUCCAUAAUCUUAUUAUGUAUGUGUUCCUGCACACUGUGAAAGGUACCCCCUUUGAGACUCCUGACCAGGGGAAGGCAAGGCUCUUGACUCAUUGGGAGCAGAUGGACUAUGGUAUCCAGUUCACCUCUUCAAGAAAGUUCCUCACAAUAACCCCUAUAGUACUAUAUCUACUUGCCAGCUUUUAUACAAAAUAUGAUGUUGUCCAUUUCCUUCUAAAUACAACAUCUCUGUUAAGUGUCCUCCUCCCAAAACUCCCACAGUUUCAUGGAGUCAGGAUAUUUGGGAUCAACAAAUACUGACAACCUCUCCUGACCACUGCUCCUCAGCAGCUUGCAUUGUUUUGAGGAAAUGAAAACCACCUUCCUGAAUACCAUUUUCCUUCUUUCACCUGAAGGCUAAUUGUUUAUUUGCAGAGGAUAUGUCAACAGGAAGGACAAGGGAUGAUGCCUCAAAGCCAUGCUCUUCAUCCAGUGCUCUAUGUUCAUAGGGUGAUGUUUAAAUACAUUUCUUAGAAAUACGGAGUAACGGGUACCAAGUGGAUCAUAGACCUGCCUUAUUGUCACAGCAGAGUGAACCUUGCUUCAUGCUUUGGUGUGGAGAUUAUAUUUUUCAACUGGUGCUAAGUGGACUCUAACCAUUUUCCUUUAAAGUUCAUGAUUCAAGCAGGUUUACUUUGAUUUUUGAUUGUGUAAUGCAACCAAUGGAAGUGUCCGAGAUCAAUUGUGCAAUCCUUUACUGUUUGUGUGACGAGGUCAUACACAAAGGAGAUAAGGGAAGGAAGUACACCAGAUAAAUCCACAGCCAACUGAAAGCAUUAGAAAAAUAGCUAAACCUUUAAACCUGCAUAGUGAGACUUUCCUUUAUUUUUGUAAUUUUUUUAACCGCACCCACCUACCAUUUAUCUAUAUAUAAUGAUCGCAUUCCUUUAACUGGUGUGAAGAAUGCUUGCUACUCAAUUCCUGUUCCAUGAAUACAAUAGACCAAGGAAUUUAGCCAUCUUCUCUGUCAGCAGGGGAUUUUAGAGAUUUGACAAGGCAAUUGGACAUUUUAGAUGAGUAUAGUCAAACUCAAAAGUAGCUGAGAAGUUUUUGUCCAGAUUAUUUUGGCCUAAACAUUGUAAUUCUCUUUAGACUAUUCAAAAUUGUCUAUAGGGAGUACACCCCUGCAUAUUGCACUUAACAAAGACAAUAUAUAUUGAUGUCUCAUUGAAAACAAAUCUCUCUUCUCAAUUACUAUACUAUAGAUAGCAUUUAAAUACAAAUGUAAUCAAAAUAUAUUAAAAGGCACUCUCCACUCUAAAAGCAGCUUGCAAAAGCUGCAGAUCUCUUGUCUGCAUCCUGUGUAAGCAUUGCCAUUCUUUCACAGACCAGACUUUCUGUGACUGUCUAAUCACAGACCAUACAUUGCAGCUCAAUGAGAAGUCUUUGUAUGACAGGUCCUCAUGAGUAUAGCUGAACUGAGCUAAACAACAAGGAAGUAAAAGGACCAAUUUUCGAAUUUACAGCCUGGGGGCCGUAGCAAGGUUCAUUUAUAAAAGUGCAUAUUUUCAAAUCAGCACUUUUUUUUUUUUUUAAUAAAAUGGGGAGAAGGGUCACAUUCUUCACAAGUAGCUAAGUAGUUGGCUUUAAUAGUUGAAUUUUCAUUUUAAGGCAAAGUAGGAAGUAUUUUGCCUUCUGUAUGUUGUAAAAUCUGGCAAGACUGGGAAAAGCAAAAAUAUAUAUUCACUACUUGCUGCUUUGCUGUUUCCCAUGAGAGUGCAAUAGCAUUUAAUGCAAAGUUUUAAUGUUAACACAGAAUUUCUGGAGGGUCUUGUGGGAUCUCCUAUAGAGCCUUGUAUUACUGCUCCUGUGCACAAGCAAGAACACAGAAGCCUCUGCCAGCCUUAUUUUCCAGGUGUGUGAGAGGAAGAGAGAGUCACUAAGGAAGUACUUCAUUGAAAGAGACCCCCUCUCCCCCAUGCCCUCCAUGCAGUGGUGACGGAUAGGGGUUCCUUGACAUAUUUUUGAUGAGUCCCAUACGUCACAGGCCUGAUUUAACUCCAAAAAAGAUUCUUACAUUUUAACAUACAUUUUAGAUGUUUUAAAACAAUUUAUCCUCCAUUCGUUUAAACUAGACUGCUAGACUGGACUUGUAUAAAGAAUAUAUUUACAAAAUGACUUAAAAGAACUUCAAUGUAGGGCAGCGCACACUAUACAGAUAUGAAAAGGCUUAACUAAAAAAAUAAAUAAAAAAAAAUUCAUGUCAUUUAAGUCAUGAUUUUUAUUAAUAAGCAAGUGGAACAUUAGGUGUCAGUAUACCAUAGAAGACAUACAAUUUCUCUACCUAUUGUUACCAGAAUAAAAUAAAUGUCUGACUGCA